UAUCAAAAAUUAAGCGAGAUUCAUAAAAUAAAAUAAGUAAACCGUUUAAUAAUAAUAAUGUUUAAUAAAUAGUUUAAGCAGAUGUUUGGGCUCGUAACAUUUAUUACGCAAAAAGAACAAGAAAAAUAUGGCAUCAAAAAUACCCAGGCAAGCAACCUGCAAAAGUAGACAAAUUCUUGGCUUUGCAGUGCUCUUGGUAUUUCUAACAUUUAUCCAUAAUACGGAGGAAAUAUCUUUUGGCUGGGGAAGUUAUGGAACAAGUGAUGAGAGUAAAGGCAACGGUGGAGGAGGUGGUGGUGGUGGUAAUAGUGAAGGUCUUAGCAAAAUGCUGAACAGAAAGCGUACCAUAGAGAAGAAAUUCAAAUUCCAUAAACUCGAGCGUACUGAAAUUGAAGAUGAUGACGAAGUUAAUUAUGAUAACGACGAUGAAGAGAAUGAUGCAAUUACUAAAGAAACUAAUGAGGAAGACGAAGAUAAUGCAUCUAAAGCAAACAGUAAUGACAAAGAUAAUAACAACAAUAAUAACGAUGACGAAAAUACUGAUUUUACUAAGAAAAGCGUUAAGAAAACGAUACGCACUAAAUUUAUAUAUUCCGACAAAAAAGACAAAGACCUCCGCGAUGAUAACGAUGAUGAUGAUAAUGAUGAUGAUAAUAAUGGUGAUAAUGAUGAUGAUGCUGACAAUGAUGACGACGAAGACGAUGAGGCAGAAUAUCAAUUUCGUAAGGCACGUAAAGCUCGUAAAUAUACCAAUUUAAAGGACGGAAAAUUCAAGAAAUCAACGGAAGAAAAGUCUUCUGGAUCUUGGCUAACAAUUAUAUUUGGUAAUUUUUUUGGUGGAGGUGAGAGUAAAGAAAAAGAUGAUGUUGACGGUGAACACGAUGAUCGCUCAGCUGAAGAAUCGAAGGAGCAAAGCAACAGCAUUAUUGAUUGGAUAAUGUGGUUGAGUGAGAAAUUUCAGAAGGAUAGCGAAAACUCUGCUGAACAAGAUGCUAAUAAUGGCGAAGAGAGUUGGUUGGACUAUUUGAAUCGCUGGCCUUUUAAUAGCCUUUUUCCCAUAGGUAAAACAGCAAAACCCAUCAAAAUGCCUAAAUCAUAUGCUAAGAAACAUAAACGUAUUAACGAUCGUGAAGAAGAUGAUAGCGAAAAUGGUGAUGCAGAUGCGGCCAGCGAAGAAAAUUUUGAAUCUUUACUCCGAAAUCUGCCUUUAUUUACGUUAGAUCCUUUAAUCAUACCUGACAGCGAAUGCCGUCAACAAAUGCAGAUAUUUCAGCGUCAACUCAAAGGUCAUAAACUUUGGACCCUUCAGAUGCUAGACGCUACGGCGAAAGUAACUAAUGGCCUCUUGCGCGGCAACAUCAAUCAAUUUGGAGACUUUUCUAUGUGUACUGACAUCAAAACGUUAGUUAAAGUAACUUCCGAUCAGCCAGUGCGCAUACGUGGCAAAUAUUGCUUGGCACACAUUGAAAUACAAGCCACUGCAUCCACUUUACGGGUUCCGGUCCAUAUGAUGCACGGUCGCGGUUUAUUUAAAGGUCACUUGGGAAAUCCCAAUCAUUUCAUACCACGUUAUGGUGUAGCCAAUGUGGGUAUAUGUGUACCAAACACCUGCUCAGGCCAAAUGAUACAGGAAAUGAUUUUAUCGAGCCUGCAAAUUUAUAAUAAUACAGGUGUGGAACUUCAUGCAGAAGUAGACGACAGCGAUUGCUAUGUAAAGCAAAGCAAAAGCUUUAUGAAAAUUAUAAAAAAGGAUAAAAAAUUCUGCGCUACAUUAUUAUAUUUAUUAGGUUUGGGAUUAUUGUUGGUUUCAACCAUGAUUUGGGAAUACUGGUCUCAUAUAAAACCCAUUAUUGACAAAUUCAUGUUACUACUACAAUCGCUAAGAUUGCUAUUGAGAUCGAAAGGUCAAACGACGGAGGGGAAUGAAAGGUCAGAACAAGGAGAAAUAGAAGAAGAGGAAGAACAAAUCAAUCUUAAAGAAGAUGAGGAAGUAAACCAUAUUGAAGAAGAAGAAACUGGCAAAGAAAAUCCAUCGCUUUAUAUUUUGGGUUUGGAAAUUUUCAAAUCAUUUUCACCUAAACGCACUCUUAACGUUUUAUUAACACCCGAUACACAUGAUUUACAAUUUCCGUUGUUUCACGUGCUUAAAAUUGGCGCCACUUUUAUGUUGUAUUUAUGUUUAAAAUUUUUAAUGUUUGGCCAUUUGCCAAUAACUAACCGUGACGACGUUAUACACACUUUCGACCAUUCGUGGAGUAUAUUGAUUCGAAAUCCGAUGAUAUAUAUCGACACGUUACUCUUAAUAAGUGGAUUUCUUUCGGCUUAUCAACUGUCAGAGGAAAUGGAACAAAAAUCAUAUAUACAACUGCUAAAGAGGGUGUCCUUGAAAGUUACCAGAUAUUUACCCACGGUUUAUAUGUUAAUAUGUUUUCAAACUUGGAUUUUACCGCAUAUGAAUUCAGGCCCAUUAUGGACAAAUUUAGUCGGAGAAAAUGCUCGAUUAUGUGAGGAACAGUGGUGGCGCAACUUAUUGAGUUUACAAAAUGCCAUUGACUUCGAAGAAACUUGUUCCCCGGUUACGGUUCAAUUGGCAUUAGAAGUUCAACUGUAUCUGUUGGGCCCUUUGGUAGUUUGGCUUUAUUACACAGAUUCCGAUGCUGGAUUUUUUAUGUAUGGAGCCUUACACGCCAUGUCCGUGGCAGCUAGAUAUUCAUUAACACAGCGUGAACAUUUAUCGAUGACUCUAUUUCAUGGCAUUAACGUCAGUAAAUUUUAUCGAACUGCUAACAACUUGUAUGCAUCGCCGAUAAGUCGGGCCACUUCUUAUUUAUUGGGCUUGGGAGCUGGUAUUUUUCAAAAAUCCCAUCAAGGUGUAGUCGAUUUAUCAGCCGAAUUAAUGCCAGUUGGAUGGACUCUAGCUACCUUAGGUAUUCUAUGGUGCUUUUGGUCCCCAGCAAGCGGUAUGCGGACCGAUUAUGUUUACUCUUCAAAUGAAGCUGCAUCUUAUGCCUCUUGGUGUCCUCUAAUAUACGGUUUAAGCUUGUGCUGGUUUAUUUUUAUGCUGUCGAAAACUGAAAAUUCGCUUAUAAAAUUUUUAACAACAUCACAGUCGAUAGUUACAUUAUCACGCUUAGUAUUUCCCAUGCAAUUAAUUACGUUUGUAGUGAUAUUGUACAACACAGCUGGCGUUAAGGAACCAAUUAAGUUUCAUGUCACUGAUUUGAUUAAUCCUGUGGAGUUAAUAAUGAUUUUCGUCGGCGCCUUGAUUCUGGCAUUUUUAAUUGAUAUACCUUCGCAAAAUAUACGACACUUGGUAAUUAAUCGUAUCUUUUUAGAACGACCUUUGUCUAUACAUGAAAAUGAAGAGCAUGAUCCACUAUCAGGAACUGAAGUAUCUGAUGCGUCGGAGGAACAUAGUGAAUGCUUAACAAGCGAUAGUCCAGAACCAGUAGAUUUUGUCUUCGGAUCUGAAUCUGAGGAGGCUGAGCGACUCUUCUCCUCUAAUCGUGUCAAUUCGGCUGAUAAAAAGAACAAAAAAGAAAUUGAAGCAAAAAUUAUCGAAAAAAACGCUAUAGAAGAAAUUGAAGAGGAAGAAGAAGAGGAAGAACAAGAAGAGGAGGAAAUUGAAGAGGAAAUUAGUGAAGCAGAGGAAGUGAAAAAAAGACCCGAAAGUCCAGCUAUAACAAAAUCAGAGCCAGUGGAGGAGACACCUUACAGGCGAAGACGUAGACCGCUAUCAGAGGAUUAGAUGUAGAAGUUGACCUUUUUCAGUAAAUUCAUUUCUUUUCAUCUUUUCAUAUUCUUUUCUAUUACAUUAAAACUGCCGGAAGACUUGAUUUUGGUUCCUUAAAUUGAUCAGAUACGCGAAAAAUAGCCCUUGACGGAUAAGAGACUAUUUGUCUCUUAAUUCAAUAGAUAUUUAAAAGACCGUGCAUUAAUAUGCUUAAAUGCACGUGCGUGUGAGUGUAGGUAUAUAUUAAUAUACGUAUAUAUGGAUGUGUAUAAAUGUGUAUGUAUGUACGCGUGUGUGUGUGU